GUUCUUCCAGCUUGUCUGCGGUGGACGGAGAAGCAGCGGGGUUUUUUCAUUCACAGAGCGACGAUGUGAGAGAAGCAACAAGUUUGGAGCCGAAACAUCAGAAACGGCCGCGGGGAUUUCUCCAGUUUCCUUUGGAGAAAUUGACUUUAUGUCCGGACACUGAGGAGGAGGAGGAAGAGGAGCUGUCCCCGGUGUGGAGGGGUCCACAUGUCUCUGCUGUGACUGAAGACGUUCAUCUAAAUCAUCAGUGAUCUGGUGUGACGUCACGCAGCAGACAGAGUGCAUGAUGGGAUCUUUCAGGCGUCCCAGGCCACGGUUCAUGAGUUCUCCGGUACUGUCCGACCUUGCACGCUUCCACGCUAGCUCACCAGCUCUUCAGAUCUCCAACACCAGAGUGUGGAACAGUGUCCAAUCAGCUGUCAUCAAAGUGUUUAAGGGGGGAACUCUGCAGAACAACGAGCUCUACACACUCAACGACAGCAUCAGGUGGCUCCUGAAGACAGAGAUGGGCUCAUUCAUCACGGACUACUUCCAGAACCAGCUGCUGACUCGAGGUCUCUCUGAAGUCCUGGACCAGAUCCUACUUCACUCUGGUGGACAUCAGCUCUUGGUUCUGGCCGACAUGUGGGACAGAUUCUUCACGGAGACACUGCCUACGCUGCAGGCCAUCUUCUACCCUGUUCAGGGUCAGGAGCUGUCAGUCAGACAGUUGGCUCUUCUGGCCUUCAGAGACCUGGUGCUGCUAAAGCUCCACCUGGAGGCUUCUCUGCAGAAUGCAGCGUCUGUUCCACCAGCUGUUACUCACAUGCUGCUGGUCCUGCAGGGGGUCCAUGAAUCCUCCUCCCCCAGUCUGGAAUAUUAUCAGCUGGAGCGUCUGGUCUCCAUCGUCGUGUCUCCGUACAUCAGCAACGUCCUGCACGACACCAACCAGCUGCUCCUGGAAUCCCGUGACCUCAGAACUUCUGGGUUGUUUCUGGGUGCGCAGCCGGAGAUCAGGGUCACUCAUCACCUGUGCUCCUCAGACUCCUCCUCUCUUAGUCCUGUGGUGGAGCAGGAGGGCGAGGCAUACCUGGAGAAGGUGGGAGGGGUACGGCGCCACACAGUGGCCAACGCUCACACCGAUGUACGACUGCUCUCCCUAUCCAGCAGGAUGAACGCUGAGAUGGACAAAGGCGUCAUGGUGAAGAGGGUACGGGGGGGCGUGGGGUUCUUGGUUGGGGACGGUCCAAUGACAGACAGAGCCUUCUCCAGCCAACCAGACAUUGUGGAGACUCAGAGGGGCGGGGCUGUCCAUGUGUCCUCCUCCUGAGACCUGGACACGGUCAGACUUCAGACGGGGGACAGCGCUCCGUCCAGGACCAGAUCAGACCUGUUUUUUUUUAACUGUUGUUAUUAAUUAAAAACUCUCUCAGUGAAUUAUUGUAGAACUUUUUUUUAUCUUUGUUUCAAACGUGUUUUAAAUAAAACUAAUAAAACAGUU